CUUAACACUGUUUAAUGUUAAACAGUGACGGGGUGAUAUUAACACCUUUGGCCCAUAUAGACCAUCUAAAUUAAUGCAAUAGACCUCACCAAAUGCUUUGGCAUUUGGUCUUUUCAGAGACCCCUAGCUCAGAGGGGAUCAAACGAGGCUGCUACUUCCCCCAUGGGAUCCUGAGUGAGUUCAUGCAGCUUGGAAAGGAAUCCAAGGUUCAAGAUGUUGGUCUAGUCCCCUCAGUGCAGCUUGCCUGGGAACAGUGUUGAAUGGAACACUGCAAAAUUCUGUGGCAGCUGCUUGCUAUCUGCUGGUGUUUGAGGAGGAGGAUGGAGGUUCUCAUUAAUUUAUUUCCUCUGUAUUUAUUUUAGAAUUCUCUACAUCCAUAACAAGCUCCCUACAGUCUGAUCCUCUCUCACCACGGUAACAGAGGGUCACUUGGCCUUAAAGAGCUCCUCAGGGACCCUCAGAAAGCUUUGAGAUGUCUCAUGAAAAGGAAAGACCCAGCGUCCAAACUUCCCCAAUCAUCCCCAAACCUCGUGGGGGAAGGGCUCACUACGCGACCUGGGGCUUCAUUGUUCUCUGCGUUUUUGCCCUGUAUCACAUGGAGCAGUCCUGGAACCAUGCCGCAGAGAACAUCACCUUCUACUUCACGGCCCUGCAGAUCGGAGCUCUGCUCAGAGGGGUUUGCAACUUCGUGGAAGAGAUUUGGCAUGUGCAAUCCAGACACCGCAGCAGCUGGUGGAGGGUGGUGGUUGCCUGCCUGAGCCCAAGUCUGCGCUGCCACGCGCUCCUGCUGCUGGUCAGCAUCUGCGCCUACAUAGCCCUGUUCGGCGAGACUGGGCUGCAGCUCUUCCUCAACCUCAUCCUCGUCUGCCUCUGCCAGCUCCUCAGCUUCGCCUUUGGGCUUCAGAGUCCCUCUGCAGUGGAAAUGUCUGAAAUCUGUGAAAAGAACAACUGCAACGUAGCACAUGGACUAGCGUGGUCUUACUAUGUGGGGUAUUUAAAGUUAGUUCUGCCACGCCUUAAAGAUUUGAUCAGUGAGUUCAACAGAGCCAAUAACAAUUUGCUGAAGUGCAAGGAGACCUGGAAAUUGCACAUCCUUCUCCCAAUGAGCUGUGAGAUAUACGAUGACCUGCAGAAGGCUGACAGCCACAUCCAGUACUGGAAGGAUCUCCCGGCGCUGCAGCUGGACCGUGCUGGCACUAAAUGGAGAAGCUACAAACAAAGCAUCUAUACAAUUUUGGGUGAAGACAAAAAGUUGAAUUACUGCAUUGUGGAGUAUGCCCCCCCGCUGCAGUCCCUCUACGCUAUGUCCCAGGAUGAAAGCGCCGCCUUUGGCCGGGAGGAUCGCCUGGAGCAAGCCCAGCUCUUCUGUAGGACCUUGGGGGAGAUCUUACAACGCUCCAAGGAAUGCGCGGGCUGCUACCGGCUCAUUGUGUAUGAGGAGUCGGGAGACAGCGACAGCCAUUUUCUGUCAAAGGAGAUCCUAAAGCACAUCAGACAGCAGCACUUGGAGGAAUACACCAUGUGUGAGGGGAAUCACGAGUCCAGCACCUUCCUCUCAACAGAGCCCAAUAUCCUGAUCAGUGACUCGGAGCUACCCGGGCCUCUGCGGAGCGAUGGCUUCUGAAACCUGCGGAUGGGACUGGCAGGUUACUCCCUCUUCAAGCAUACAAAGAGAGAGGACUAAGACAGUCAGGGCCAUCCUUAGGCAUAUGCAGCAUACACGGCUGUGUAGAGCACCCUAAAAAUUGGGGUACCCCUGGGUCUUAGUGUCCACCCUUCCACCUUUUCCUAUCCCUGUUCUGACCCUUCCUGCAGGCUCCCAC